AUGUCCGCUGUAGAUGCUGCUCGACGAUUUUAUGCUUUGCCAAUCGAGGAGAAAAUGAAACUUGAAUUUCGGAAAAACACAUACUAUAGGGGUUAUUAUCCUAUUACUAAGAAGAAAUACUCACAUGAAUCAUUCGAGCUUGGGCCCGAUGUCAAUGUCGCUUCCAACAGCUCCUUGAGUGGACCGAAUGUAUGGCCGUCUCGGGAUGUGAUACCAGGAUUUCAAGAGCCAGUACUUAAGUACUACCAGGAGGUUGUUGGGCUUGGUAUGAAGCUUUUGUCGGCAUUCGCCUUGGCACUAAAUCUACCCGAGGAUUACUUUGCCGACAAGGUUCAGACCACUCCGGCAACAAUGCGUCUGACGUACUAUCCACCUCAAGCACAGGCAAUUGACAAUGAGGCGCCAGGGCUCGGAGAGCACACGGACUUUCAGCUCUUUACUAUCCUAUGGCAAGACGAAAAUCGUGGACUCCAAGCAUUGAACCCAUCAGGUCAAUGGAUAGACGUUGCGCCAGUUUCCGGCACCCUUGUUAUUAACGUUGCAGAUCAACUUUCAAGAUGGACGAAUGAUAUAUUCAAAUCUGUAGUCCAUCGUGUUAUUAAUAACUUCGAAGUCCGACGAUAUUCUAUACCAUUGUUCUUUGGUCUGGAUCACGAUGUAAUGCUCGAGGCACUUCCGUCAUGCGUCUCUGCGAGUCGGCCUGCUCGUCAUGAACCCAUUCGUGCUGGAGACCACGUUAGGGCACGAUUCGAGAAAGUGCACGCGAAAGCAGAGUCAAAUAAGGCAUGA